AUGAGUUCUUUGACUCUGUCAGACCACUUCGACAGUUUUGGUAAAUGCCGUUUCCAGCGACUGGGAUUGGCAUUUGCAGCCAAGCAGUUUACUCCGAAACCUGUGGCCCCUCAAAGGUCUCUCACUGAGUCCCUGGCAGACGAGACAAGGAAGCCUUCUGCAAAGGCAUUCAUCUUGUCACAGGAGGCACUGGCUGCGGACUUCGAGCGCUGGAGUCAGCACACCCGUGGGAUUUCCGAUUCAAUCAAGGAGGCAGACCGCCACAAAGAUGCUGAUGUCAAGAAGCGGCAAUCCGACAUUUUGUUUGCCGAGCUGCCUUACUAUUUGGAGUUCCUUCCAGAAUCGGUGCCGCUUGAGAGUCUGGAGUGCGAGAUGGAUCGGGAGAGGUCCUCGAAGCCUGGCUUUCCCCGCCGCUGGCCAAGUCAAUCCAGAAAAUUUCGACGAACAGAGUCGCAGGCUCUUAUCGAGAUAUUCAGGGCAUGGUCCUUUGCUUCCUGGCCCCUCGGUGGUGCAGAGCUUGGAAUGGAUCGUGCCACAUUCUCUCGAUUUGUACUGGACGUCGGGCUCGUCGACCAAAGGAAGGUUCCGCUCUAUUGGAGUUUAUCCCUUUUUGAUUGCCUGUCACACACUACUCGCGUCUGUGCCAAAGAUGAUCCGAUUCCUAUGUCCGCGCCCCUUCUGCCAAUGGUGAAGUGGUGGGACGUUCUGGCGAUAGUUGAGGUAUUAGCUUGUCAACAUUUUCGCACAUCAACGACAGCACUGCGGGUCAAGUUCAUUGAGAACGUUGCGGAGAUAUCCAGAUUCCGGCUUCCAGCCUAUGCUCUCAAGGCUUUCAACAUAAGUCAAGCCCAGAUUGAGCUGGUGCUUCAAGGCGUCAAGGCCGACCCGAACGAAAGCGACGAUGAGCAGGCGAAGGGACACGAGGAGAUGCCUUCAAAAGCUGUUGAGUCCAGGAGUGGCAACGAAGCGAAAGAGUUGGGCACUGCAAGCAAAGAGCAAAUGGUCAGAAUGGAGGAAGCACGAGGCCAGCGACAGAAAGGAAGCCUGGUGGAGCCUGAGGUGCUUCAUCUUUUGUGGCAGCAUGAGGCUGUGUUUCAAGCCCUACACGCCGCAUAUGCGGACCAUGAAGGCCACAUGACGUUCGCAGCUCUGACGCAACUUUGCAAAGACUUUUCUCUGGCACCGCAUCUAAUCAGCCUGCAUCAACUUCGCAAGAUCUACGAGUCAGCCGAGUGCUUGGACGCGACGACUGGAGCACCUGCAAGGAUCGAGUGCUUGGGCCAAGACUUCAACUUGAAGAAGGGGAGAGGUGCCAGCCCUUCGCGAUCACCACAAGCGUCUGGGCGGCGACGCUCAGUUUCUGCCGCCACCACCCCGACCCACUCCGACAGUGUUCGGUCGUCGAGGCGACCCUCAGAUGUUAGCGGCCUCAGGAACAAGAGGUCAACGAUUGUGAGCCUCGGCAAGAUCAAUGCGAGGCAUGCGGCCGUGUCGGAUUCGCCAUCCCAAAGCCGACGGCGCUCGAUAGAGGCCAGCAGCAUCUCCGGGCACUCAGCCAAUGAACGCUUGGGGUCAGUGCUUCCUUGGGAGCGUCUUGUUGUGAAGGUGCGCGAGGCGAGCUCUCGACUGCAAACCACCGUCUCCUCGGUGGGUUUCCAAGCGCUGAUGGAGAUCCUUUGCAAGGUCGCCCACACUUACCUGGGCUGUUACGGAAACAUGCAACAAAGAAGCAUGUCUUCUCUUCUCCAGACGGUAUGGCUGCUGGUGUACUUGCGCUUCUCCACCGAGAGCUACCGAAGGAGCUUUGAGAAGCGUUCAGAGGAUGCACGCUCCGGAGCAUUGCGUCGAAUUACGCCGCUGCUGAAUCCAGAAGUUUGGGCGAUCGGCAAGGCUCCGCAAUUCGAGGACGAUUUGCCAGCACAAACAUUCCGCGAUCUUGCGGCAGCCUCCACCGAGGGGGGAGCCCUCUGCAUUGCAGAUGAGACCUGCCAGUUGUGCAAGGCUCAUGUACGACAAGAUGACUGGGGCAAUGUGAGGUGCUUCGCUUGUUCCAAGAUUGACGUGCUUGCCUUCAAGCAUCAUCCCCUGCGCUUUCUGAUUCGAAGACCUUGGGACUCCAAAUCUGUCGUGAUUGCAGGAAAAGUGCCGAGGGUUCGGAACAUAUCCCUGACCCCACCACCUUUCAAGGACAGCAACGCGCUGCGGCCAGAAAGCUCGGAAGAGGCUCCAGACCCGGGCCGGAGCUUCCAUCCGUCGUCGUCUUCUUUCAGUGAUGUUUGA